AUGGAUAGCACCAUCAAGCCGCCUGAUCAAGCUAGCCAGCUCUAUGCCCCACCAGCAAAGAAUGGCAUCGCCACACCAGCUACCAAGCUGAACCAGUACCUAAUAGAGAAUCUCCAAGAAGCCAGAGAGCUUUUUGAGCUGAGAAGAGAAUGUUGGGGCAGCGAAAAGGCAGACAGAUAUCUCAAGAAGAAGCGAAAGUACGCCGACAAUGCCAAUGAGAAGGCUCAACUGGGAUUCUUUAAGCUCAUGAGAAGCCUGGGGCACCAGAUGAAUAGGGCUACUUUUGCCUUGAAGAUCAAAAAAAGAACAAAGGCCCCAGCCGUCCUGGAUCUCUGCAUCGCACCCGGCGGCUUCGCAGCAGCGGCACUUCGGAUCAACCCACAAGCCAGCGUCUGUGGCUUCAGUCUGCCCGAGGAAUCAGGCGGUCACAAGCUUCAUCUGCUUUCUCAGGACAAAAGUCUGACGUCGCGUGUCAACGUCGAGUUUAGAGACAUCACCAUGAUGGCCGCCGAAAUGGGUUGCGAUCCCGAUGACAUCCCAGCCGAACACCCCGAGGCGGCCGAGUUCUCCUUCGACCGCCCCUUUGCGGAUCAAAAGUUCAGCCUCGCGAUCUGUGACGGCCAAGUCUUGCGGACUCAUGACAGGUGUGCCUACCGAGGGCGCCAUGAACCAGCCCGCCUCACUGCAUCCCAGUUCGUCAUGGCUCUCCGGCGGGUUCGAACCAACGGCACAAUUGUUGCUCUCACGCAUCAAGUAGACAGCUUGCACACUUUUUGCAAGCUACACUCCUUGGCUUCCUUUUCCGAGCUGAAGCUCUUCAAGCCCGUCGAGGAAUUCGGCAAGCAACCGUCCUUUUAUAUCGUCGCCACCAACGUAAAGCCUUGCUCUGAAGGGGCCAAACAAGCAAUCGAAGAGUGCAUGAGGGCUUGGAAGUCUGCAACUUUCGAUUUCGACAAAGAGAAUAACAAGGAGAUCUAUGGGGCGGUAUCGUUGGAGCAAUUCGACAAGAUGCUUGACGAGUUCGGUCCUGCAUACCUCGAAUUGGCUCGGCCGAUUCUAGCCAUUGAGGCUGCUGCCCUGCGCAGGGCACCUUGGAUGAGAAGACAACAGCAACUUCAAUGA